GAUGCUCGAUGUGGCCUAGCAGUGAUCGAGAGCAGCGAAGAUGUCCGCCGGGGUGCAGUAGAUUAGAAUGUUAUUAGUCGCUCGGUCGGCUGCGGUUUGUGAGUAAAUACCAGCUGGAUGCGCAGCCCGACGUUACCGUGACGGUGUGCUAAGGUGCACGGACGAGGCUACGGAAGCGUCGGACGAGAAAUCCACCGGAAAGUGAGAACGGGGGAGAGAAAGAGAGAGAGAGGGAGAGAGGAAGCCGCCGAGGAGAUGGGUCUCUUCCAGGCCACUUCGCCUUUCGACGCCGACGUCGAAAAGGCAACCAACGAGAACAAUGUAUCGGAGGAAUGGGGGAAGAUAAUGGACAUCUGUGACAAGGUGGGCACCUCUGCUCAGAACGCCAAGGACUGUUUGCGCUCCAUCAUCAAGAGACUGUACUCUCAGGAUCCGCACGUGGUUGUGCAGGCUAUAACGCUGUUGGACGCAUGCGCGAGCAACUGCGGCAAGACCUUUCACCUGGAGAUCGCAUCCCGAGACUUCGAGAACGACCUGAGGAAGCUCAUUCAUCAUUCGCAGCAGAAGAUCGUGCAGAAGGUGAAGGCGCUCCUGAAGAAGUGGGCGGAGGGCGACUUCAAAACGGACCCCCAGCUGAAUCUGAUCCCGAGCUUGUACAAUAAGCUCAAGAGCGAGGGCCACGACUUCGCCUCCGUCUCGGAUUCACCAAAGGUUAGCGCUCCGAACAGAGAUCCUAAUGUAGUAACGAAUUCGCAAGAAGAAGCGGACAUUGCAAAAGCCAUACAUCUCUCGUUACAAGAAACUAAGGUGCACGCUCAGAGCACCUCAUCGCACAGCUCACCAGCCUCUAAAAAGAAUUCCAGUUUGUAUCCUAGUAUGAAUUCCGUGCUCGGAAGCUCAAGUACCCCGGAAGGCAGAAAAGUGCGCGCUCUGUACGACUUUGAGGCCGCGGAGGACAACGAACUGACAUUCUUCGCAGGGGAAAUAAUUAAUAUCUUGGACGAUUCGGACCCAAAUUGGUGGAAAGGUAGCAAUCAGAAAGGCGAAGGACUCUUUCCCUCUAAUUUUGUCACUGCUGAUUUGUCCGUCGAGCCGGAUGAAUAUACAAAAUUGGAACACAGUAGCAAAAAAUUGGUGCAGUUCGCGGACGAGGUGGAAGUGAAAAUGGUGAAGCGCGAGCCGGAGGUGGUGGAGGUCGAGAUCGACGAGAAGAAGAUGGACAGACUGUUGCACCUGUUUCACGAGGCAGAUCCGCAGUGCGACACGUCCGAUCCUCAGGAGAUGCUCGAUCUGGAAGAGCAAGUCACGGCGAUGGGACCGCUGAUCGACGCCGCGUUGGAGAAGGUGGACAGGCGGCAUGCACAGCUCACUCAGUUAAGCUCCGACCUGGUGGACGCCCUCAAUCUGUAUCACACUCUGAUGCGAGAACCGGCGCCACCAACGCCGUCUGGCUACACUUUGCCGAAAAUGCAGCCGCAUAUGAAUCCUUAUUCGUUUCACAACACGGGACCACCGCCGCCGCACAUGUUUAACGGCAUGCCGCAUUCUCCGUUUCCCACUGGAGCAGCAACCGGUCCAGGCCCGCUGCCCGGGCCGUAUAACACGAACAUACCGAGCAACGAGUACAUGGGUCCCGCCGGUAUGCCAAAUAUGACUCUACCGCAGCCGCAUUUUCACAUUCAAUCAGGUCCUCACCAGCAACACCCGCCUGGACACCCACAGGGGCCGUCUCUACCGCAGCCCGAUCAGACUAACCUUCCCUACCAACCGCAAGGAUAUCCAGCACAGACCGGCCCAGGGCCGUAUGGUCCGCCUGGGCCCAGAGGACCGUCUGUGAGCCAGCAACCGCAAUAUGCUCCACCGAACGGGCAACACAUGAUGUGAAGCGAAGAGCUAUGCGUUACGAAAACACACUCAUUCUUGUACUCUAACUCUCAAGCUGUACAAUAUUACGAUAUUAUAAUUAUUUAAAUAAACAUAAACCCCUCCCCCCGAAGUGUAGCCAAAGAUGAUGGGUCUUCAAUGAGAAUUUUGCGCUCGUAUCAGCGCAUGCGGUGUAUCGUUUAUUAUAACGCCACGCGCACGUAAUACACGCGACUUGGGAGGAACAAAGCAGAAAGUGAUUUACGUCGCCUACGACGUUGCGUCGAUGUUAGUUUUGUGAUCGUUACAUGUAUUUAUUGAUACUCGGACCGUUCGGUUUUAGUUUAUUCACAUUCCUCCGGUUUGCUUCAUCCCUCCUUCUCCGUUAUUGUUUAUGCUUUAUUACGAAUAUCCGAUUCGUAAACGAAUGAAAGAAAGAAUAUUCAUCGUUGUAUCUGUAUAAAGGAAGCGUGUCGAUUUGACAUGCGUGGAUUUCACAUGUUUUCGGCUCAAUAUAUAUAUAUAUAUAUAUUUCGUCAAUAUUGUCGCAAUUAACUAGAAGAAGAAGAAGAAGAGGACGAGAGAAUUUUCAUGCUUUGUUCUGCGUCUCUCUGAGUUGCAAGCGUGUUUUUGUCGUCUACCACGUUGUACGAAUUGUAAAUCUCCGCACUCGGAAUAACACACUGAUCUUUAUUACCCGAUGGCUUUGCCGGAAGACGAAAGCUCUCGACGAACACGUUUUAUAGUUUUCUACUUCGCCGUUGAGCCUCGAUAGAGCUAUUUGCAAGAGAUCGGAAUCGCGUGAUUGACGGGCGAACGGAUUAACGCGAUACUCGAUUGUUAAUUACACAUAGCUGAACAUCGUCGUGACGAAAGAGGGAGGGAGGGAGGAAGAGAGAGAGAGAGAGAGAGAGAGAGAGAGAGAGGGAGAGAGAGAGAGAGAGAGAGAGAGAGACAGCCUCGAGACGGGCUCUCGCAGAGCAAAACCGUCUCGAGUUGCGGUCUAGUCAGUCCACUGUGUAUAAUAAGACUAAUUCCUAUUAAUCGGCCCGAACGAGAGGCCGACUGCGAGGAACUUUUUAUCGAUUGUUAAUGCAUAAUAGGCGCGACAAUGUUUAUAUAUGUAUAUUCUCACAGGGGCGAGAAACGCGCGUUCCGUCUCAGUCGAAUGUGCGACGAACACGGCCAUUUCGGGUUUCGAUGUAUUUGCGAUGUUAUUAUCGAAAAAUUCAACGCAACGUUACGCCUGUCGUUCUCUCCGUCAAGAAGAGGCGUCAAGGAAGAUACACAAGGAAGCGUAUCGAGUUGCAAUAGUAUUUUGUAUAAAUGCAACGAGAAAGAGAGAGAGAGAGAGAGAAAGGGGAGAGAAAUCUCUGAAAACACAAUGCGGGCGAAGCUCAGCGAAACGCAAGCCUGAGCGGUGGCGCAAUUUGAAACGUUUAUUUCCGAGACAGGACGAGCAUAUCCACGUUGUUUAUAACAAUCGUGUAUAUACUGCGUAUUGAACGAAAACGAAACCAGAGAAUGUGAGCGGAAGUAUGAGUUUCGGUCCUACAAUAGGUGUUUUAAGCUCUGAGCUUUAAGAAAUUGAUCGACCAAUCAUAGCCGAUUAUUUUCCUCACACUUGACUGUGACUGGUUUCAAUUUCUUGAGGCUCACAGUUUAAAGCCUACCUAUUGCAGCAUCGUGACUGAUGGAGAGAUUAGAGAUGAAGAAAAUAACGGGUCCUAUGGAGAGUAGGCGCAACUUAUGCUGUGUAUGUUACGUUAUAUACAUAUAUAUAUAAAAUAUCAUUAAACUGACUUUGUUUGCAUAAUCAAUUGUCGCCUGAUUACAUGUACUCCUCAUUUCUCGCGUGCACACACGGGGGAGCGUUGGGCGGAUAAGAAUUGUCCUGAGAGAGCAGCCAAUAGCAACAUUGUAUAUUAUGUAAAUAGCGUGGGAAAUACAUUUUCUUCGAAACUUCGA